AUGAACUCGGCCAAAAAAGCCAAAGAUUUACGACAACGAUCCGGAUUCCACAAGAUUGUCCAGAGCGCACACCUUACAAAAGAACAUUUGUUACAAUAUGUCUGGGUCGACACAUGCUGUAUAGACAAGAGCAGCAGUGCUGAACUUUCCGAAGCCAUCAACUCCAUGUUUCGAUGGUACCAAGAGGCGCGGAUUUGUUUUGUGUUUCUGUCAGAUUUCCAGCCAUCAGAUGUUACGAAACCCUCCGUAAGCUUCGCACAGUGCAGAUGGUUUACUAGGGGUUGGACACUGCAAGAGCUCUUGGCCCCAAGACACAUGUACUUCUAUAACCAGGAGUGGAAGCUCGUGGGAGAUAAAGACUCCUUGCGAUAUGAGAUGUCAGAAAUCACUGGCAUACCGGAAGCUAUUUUGGCACAUAAUCAUCCGUUCCAAGAUGUCUGCCUGGCACAGAGAAUGUCGUGGGCAAGUAGAAGACAGACUUCACGUAAAGAAGAUAUGGCUUACUGUCUCCUUGGUCUUUUCGACAUCAAUAUGCCCCUUCUUUACGGAGAGGGCGACAUGGCGUUCGUACGUCUGCAACUGGAGAUCAUCAAGGAAACAACUGACCAAAGUCUACUGGCCUCCUGGGGUCUCGGAAAUUCUCUCAGCACACGAGGACAUUGCUUUGCGACAUCACCGGCUGCAAUGACGAGAGCCGCUUCAUUUUACACUGACAAUAUCACAGAACGGUCCUCUUCGGAGUUUCGGAUGACCAACAGGGGCUUCCGAAUCAAUCUAUCUCUUCUCCUGCUGUCUGGGUUUGAGAGCGGAUCGCACAACGCGCCCAACUGCUACUACGCGCUGUUGAAUGUUUUUGACGAUCAAGAUCGCAGGAUCUGUCUUCCGCUGUUUUCGAACAACUCUCCUUCGGGCGACGAGUAUGUCAGGUCUCCCUCUGGGCCAGUGGCGCUCUCCGAAAGUAGCCUCAAUAGCCUGGGAGAGGCUAACUAUGAGGAGCUGGUCAUCGUGCGAGAGCCUUCAUGGGAGCGAUCACUGGCCGCAGGCGCCUGGCAAAUAUCUAUCACGAACCCUCCUACGAGAUCCCUCCUAGGCGCCCCUCCGAUAAACAUUGUCGAAACGUUUCCUCCGAUGAUGUCUUCGAAGCAUGAAAAGGGUACAUUUACCACUGUCAUCACCAUGCCACCGCCUGCCAACGUCCCAGGAAGCCCCCAUGAUAAGCCUUGGCAGUUCUUCUUGCGUUGCACCUAUCCAAGUUGCGGCGAUCCGUUCCCAGUCGGCGAACGAGAUUUUGCUUUGGUCUUUGAACUACCUUCGAGCCAAGGGGCCCCUCGGGGACCACUACAACCGUACGUGAUCGAUUGGGAAAAGCUCCCUCUCGCGCUACGGAAGGAUGAUGAGGGCAUAAGCCAGGAAGGUCCGUACUCGUCUUUGGCCGAAGCCAUCCUCUCUGGCGCCCGCUUCUUCGGUCUGGAAUACGCUGAAAAGCGAGCCUGGUCCAAAGAGGGCGAGUUCAUCGGAGAUCGCCGGCCUCUUAGAGCGAUGGCACAUUCAAGGCCACAUGGUUUGAUGUGGUAUGAUAUAAUAACGACUGAGUGGCUUCGUCCCAACGGAGACCGACACUUAUAUGGAAGGACUUUGUCAAGGGCAUUUACGUCAUAG